CAACAAGUGUUUCAUCAAGUUCAACCGACACACUAAAAUCUCGAUCUUCUCCUCUCCAGACCACAACAUGCCGCAGUCCUUCAACCCCGCUGACAAUGCAUCUUCAGCGGCUCGUCUCUGCAAUGCGGCAGAGGAGAUCGAUGCUUUUUUGCGGUCGCCGGUUCUAUCGCCUACUGACCAUUUAGCUCUUGACAAGAGCAUUAGGAGUGGUCAUCAUGAGGAGCUGUGGGGACGAGCGGGAAUUGCCGAGAAUGAAGUUGUAGAACCUGAACCUCCCGAAAUGGAAAUGGAAUACGAAU